UCAAAGUUGUCUUGUAGAAAGUCUCCCAAGCAAAUGGUGGGAUUCUUGGAACUGCUGUGUUAUGCAGAUGCCUUUGAUAUCUUCCUCAUGGUUAUCGGCCUUAUCUGUGCUGCAGCCAAUGGCACAGGUCUGCCUAUUCUCAUCAUUGUAUUUGGAGAGAUGACAGACAGCUUUGUCCUGAGUGGUUUAAAUGUUAAUGUUUCAGUGAAUAAUUCCGGUUGUUUGGAACUCGUGAACAUUGAUAUAGAAGAAGAAAUGACUAGGUUUUCCUAUUACUAUGUGGGGUUAGGAUGUGCUGUUUUUGCAUUAAGUGUUUUCCAGAUUUGGACAUUUUUGGUGUCUGCUGCUCGCCAAAUUUUGAGAAUUCGGCAGAGGUUUUUCAGAGCUGUUCUUCAUCAAGACAUGUCUUGGUUUGAUUCCAUCCAGAUUGGGACCUUGAACUCUAGACUUACCGAUGACAUCAAUACCAUCCAUGAAGGUUUGGCUGAUAAGAUGUGUAUAUUUGUGCAGUUUCUGAGUACAUUUUUAUCUGGCAUCAUCAUUGGAUUUCUGCAUGGUUGGAAGCUAACAUUGGUCAUCUUGUCAGUCAGUCCACUGCUUGGCGUGUCAGCAGCAAUCUGGACCAAGCUGAUUGCAUCAUUUACAUCGAAGGAGUUACAUGCUUACGCCAAGGCCGGUGCAGUAGCAGAGGAGAUUCUGACAACUAUACGGACAGUCAUUGCUUUUAAUGGGCAACAAAAAGCUAUAGAUAAGUAUGAUGCCAACUUGAUUGAUGCAAGAAAUGUUGGAAUAAAAAAGUCUGUAACCUUAAAUGUGUCAAUGGGCCUGUCACAGUUUCUCAUAUUUGGAGCAUAUGCCCUGGCAUUUUGGUACGGAACAAGACUGACAGUGGAGGAACCCGAAAAUUACAGCAUUGGCAAAGUAUUAAUUGUAUUCUUCUCAGUGUUGAUCGGAACAUUCACACUUGGACAAGUUUCUCCAAAUUUAGAAAGUAUUAGUAGUGCACGUGGAGCGGCUUUUGAGAUAUACAACAUUAUAAACAAGCCUCGUCACAUCGAUAGUAGCUCCUCUGAAGGGCACAAGCCAGACAAAUUAACUGGACAUAUUGAGUUUAAAAAUAUUCACUUUGCUUACCCUAGCCGCCCAAAUGUACAGAUCCUUACUGGUCUGGACCUUAAGAUACCAGCUGGAAAGACUAUGGCUCUGGUUGGCAUGAGUGGCUGUGGGAAAAGCACAACUAUUCAGUUAUUACAAAGAUUCUAUGAUCCACUAGAGGGGGAGGUCAUGGUGGAUGGACAAGAUAUUCGUUCACUUAAUGUUAAGUGGCUAAGAGACAACAUUGGUGUGGUCAGUCAAGAACCAGUCUUGUUCGGGACAACCAUUGCUGAAAACAUUCGCUUUGGCAGAGAAGGAGUAGCUGAUCAAGAAAUUGAACAAGCAGCCAGAGAAGCCAAUGCUUAUGACUUUAUUUCCAAACUGCCUGAUCAAUUCAACACAAUGGUUGGGGAGAGAGGAGCCCAGUUGAGCGGAGGACAGAAGCAGAGAAUAGCCAUAGCACGCGCCCUUGUACGAAAUCCAAAAAUUCUGCUUCUUGAUGAAGCUACAUCAGCUCUGGACAUGCAGAGUGAGGCAGUUGUACAAGCUGCAUUGGAUAAGGCCAGUGAGGGUCGUACCACCAUUGUCAUUGCCCAUCGUUUGAGCACAGUGUGGACAGCAGAUCUAAUUGUAGUGUUGGAAAAUGGUGCCGUGGCUGAAAACGGAACCCAUUCGGAAUUAAUGGCGAAAAAAGGAAUAUAUUAUUCACUCGCAACAGCUCAGGCCAUACAGACAACAGUGGAAAGUGAAACAGCACAAGGAACACUGGAGAAGCCGUCUUUAGUACAGAGAAUAAACUCCAAUAUGUCAACUGGAAAAUUCUCUAUGUCUGAAAAAGGGGAGGAAGAUGAUAUUGCAGAGGAUAAAGAGAAGGAAAAGCUUCCGCAAAUUUCAUUUUUCAGAAUACUUAAACUGAAUAAAUCAGAGUGGCCUUAUAUCUUGUUUGGAACCAUUGCAGCGAUGAUUAAUGGAGGGGCCCAUCCAGGUUUCAGCAUUUUAUUUGCCAAAGUCAUUGGGAUAUUUCAAACUAAUGAUACUGCACUGAUUCAGCAACAAAUUAACAUUUACUCCCUCAUAAUUACUCUCAUUGGUGUGACGUCCUUCUUUACAUACUUUACACAGGGAUUUAUGUUUGGAAGAUCAGGGGAAGUCCUCACUAUGCGCCUGCGACACAUGGCAUUCAAAGCAAUGUUACGCCAGGAAGUAUCCUGGUUUGAUGAUAAGAAAAAUAGCACAGGAGCUUUAACCACACGGCUUGCCACUGACGCUUCUCAGAUACAAACUGCAACUGGCUCCAGACUUGGUUUGAUUGCAGAAAACAUUGCUGCCCUGAUACUCUGCCUUGUAAUCUCUCUAGUUUUUGGCUGGGAGUUGUCCUUGCUGAUUCUAGCACUCACUCCUGUCCUCAUUGCUUCUGGAUUUCUUGAGCUCAGAGCACUCACUGGCUUUGCUAAUCAAGACAAAAAACAGCUUCAGCAAGCUGGAAAGAUUGCAACGGAAGCCGUGGAUAACAUCCGAACCGUCGUGUCACUGACUAGGGAGAGAACCUUUGAAGAGAUGUACUCUGAAAGCCUACAAAAGCCCUACAGGAACGCUCAGCGUAAAGCUCAAGUGUAUGGCAUCUGUUUUGCAUUCAGUCAAUCAUUCAUACAUUUCACCUAUGCUGUAAGUUACCGCUUUGGAGCAUUUCUGAUUGAAGAUGGCAGGAUGACUCCAGAAGAUGUAUUUCUUGUGUUCUCUCUCCUGGCAUAUGGUGCGAUAACCAUAGGACAGACAUUGUCAUUUGCUCCCGACUAUGCUAAAGCCAAGUCAGCGGCUUCCCAUCUGUUUGUAUUGUUCAAUAGUCAGCCAGCUAUUGACAGCUACAGUGAACAAGGGCAAAAACUGGAAAAAUAUCAAGGAAACUUAGAAUUGCGUAAGGUCAUCUUUAAUUAUCCAUCACGUCCAGAUGUGCCAGUGCUCCAAGAAUUAUCUAUCCAAAUAUCCAGUGGAAAAACUGUGGCAUUUGUGGGCAGCAGUGGAUGUGGGAAAAGUACUUCUGUUCAGCUUCUACAGAGGUUCUACGAUCCCCUCCAAGGGACAGUGAUGUUUGAUAAUGUCGAUGUAAGGCAAUUAAACGUGCAAUGGCUCCGAUCUCAGAUAGGCAUCGUGUCCCAGGAACCUGUGCUGUUUGAUUGUAGCAUUGCUGAGAACAUUGCCUAUGGGGACAACUCCCGUAUGGUCUCCUUGGAGGAAAUAAAGGAGGCCGCCAAAGCAGCCAAUAUUCACACUUUCAUAGAACAGCUGCCAGAGAAAUAUAACACACCAGUCGGGGGCAAGGGAACACAACUGUCAGGAGGUCAGAAGCAGAGAAUAGCCAUAGCCCGGGCACUUAUACGAGCUCCAAAACUUUUACUGCUGGAUGAAGCCACUUCAGCACUGGACAACGAAAGUGAAAAGGUUGUACAACAAGCACUUGAUCAAGCCAGGAAAGGAAGGACCUGUAUCAUGAUUGCCCACAGACUAUCCACAGUCCAGAAUGCUGAUCUCAUUGUCGUCAUGAAGAAUGGGAGGAUAAUUGAGUAUGGAACACAUCAACAGCUUCUGUCAAAUCGAGGAGCAUAUUAUGAUCUUGUACAUGCACAAACAAUAACUUAACUAGAAAAACACACGGGAGUGUGGAUAUAAAAUAAUGGUUUACUCUGUAGGAGAGAAAACCCAC